GCUUUGCCAGCGAUGCAUCUAUUUUGAAAAAGAGGCUUGAACCGCAAAGAAGUCCCAGCAACUUCGUGAAUGUUUCAUGUUCGCCUGGUGAUUGGCUGGCGGAGUAUUAGGCAAACCCCAGGACCGCGUAUUCUGUUUCUGAUUGGUGGCAUAUACAGCUAUCGCUACAAUAUGAUUGGCUAAUCCUGUACCGCCGACAAUGGUCUAAUUGGUUGAUUUGUGCCUGGGGGAGGGCGGCUGGUGUUGAUUCCUUAGGCCUGGCCUGAGAAGCAAAACCGGGUCCGGCGCGGGAAUCUGACUGGUGCUGCGGUGUAGGUAUGGUGUGAACAUGCGUUGCUUGGCAGCUCGGGUCAACUAUAAGACUCUGAUCUUCAUAUGCUCUCUCUUUACACUGGUGACUGUGUUGCUGUGGAACAAAUGUUCUUCAAACGAUCAUUACUCCAGCCUGCCAUGGAGCCCUCAGGAAGGUUUUAGAGUCGAUGGUCUAGACAAGAGGGCCUUGGCUUCAGAGAGCAAUGCAGCCAAUGGACAGCUCCGAUCAGAAGAAGCUUCACCGCAAGAGCAGCAGAAGGCUCCACCUCUGGUGGAGGCCAAAGGAAAUGGGCCGAAAUAUGAGGAUAUCGACUGUGUGAUAAAUGAGGAUCAGGUGGUGCGAUGCAGGAGAGAAGGGAAUGAAGUGUAUAUGCCGUUCUCAUGGGCAGAAAAGUACUUUGAAGUAUACGGAAAAAUUGCACAGUACGAUGGCUUUGAACGGUUUGAAUUUUCCCACAGUUACUCCAAAGUAUAUGCCCAACGUGGACCAUACCACCCUGAUGGGGUCUUCAUGUCUUUUGAAGGGUAUAACGUGGAGGUGAGAGAUCGUGUGAAGUGCAUCAGUGGAGUAGAAGGAGUCCCGUUAUCCACCCAGUGGGGGCCACAAGGCUACUUCUACCCAAUCCAAAUCGCUCAAUACGGUCUAAGUCAUUACAGCAAGAACCUGACUGAGAAGCCGCCGCAUGUGGAGGUGUAUGAGAAGGCAGAUGAGACCGAUGGAGGGGUGGCCGGUGUGUGGACAGUCCCCAAGGGAGCUUCUGUCAGAACAGUGUAUGACAAGACCAGAUAUAGCCAUGUCAAGCAUUUUGUGGUUCCAGGAAAUUCUGAGGGUGCAUCACUAACGCUUGGGAACACAAAAGACUUCAUACUAUCUCUAGACUUAAAAUUCCUGACUAAUGGCAGCAUAUCAGUGGUGCUGGAGACCACUGAGAAAAACCAGAUAUUCACUAUACACUAUGUCACUAAUACACAACUCAUUGCUUUCCACAAUCAUGAUGUCUUCUAUGGGGUGGGAUCCAGACAGACCUGGAGUACACUAACCCGUGACCUAGUGACUGAUCUGAAGAAGGGGGUAGGACUGUCAAAUACAAAGGCUGUCCGCCAGACCAAGAUUAUGCCGAAAAAGGUUAUUCAGAUUGUUGUUAAGGGCAGCGGCUUCCUUGACAAUGUCACAAUAUCGACUACUGCCCACACAGCUGCCUUCUUCUCUGCUAGUGAUUGGCUGUUAAGAAAUCAAGAUGCUAAGGGCGGGUGGCCAAUAAUGGUUACCAGAAAGCUGGGAGAGGGUUUCAGGGCAUUAGAACCGGGGUGGUACUCUGCCAUGGCUCAGGGACAAGCCAUAUCCACACUGGUCCGUGCGUACUUGUUGACCAAGGAGCAAAAAUACCUGGACUCGGCGCUCAGGGCAACUGCUCCCUUCAAGCUACCCUCUGAAAAACAUGGUGUGAAAGCAGUGUUCAUGAACAAAUACGACUGGUAUGAGGAAUACCCUACUACUCCUAGCUCCUUUGUGUUGAAUGGCUUCAUCUACUCCUUGAUUGGCUUGUAUGACCUGAAGGAAACUGCGGGAGAAAAGCUGGGAAAAGAGGCUCGACAGCUGUUUGAGAAAGGGAUGGAGUCCCUGCGAGCCAUGCUGCCUCUUUAUGACACUGGAUCUGGGAGCAUUUAUGAUCUGAGGCACUUCAUGCUAGGUAUUGCCCCAAAUCUGGCUCGCUGGGACUAUCACACUACCCACAUCAAUCAGAUUCAGCUCCUAUCUAGUGUGGAUGGAUCUCCUAUUUUGAAAGACUAUGUCAAACGUUGGAAGACCUACCUGAAAGGAGGCAGAGCAAAGCACAACUAAAGUCAGAACCAUAGCCAGAAACCAAAAGCUGCCAGGGUCUGACGGGUACCUCGACACAUCCCUCUCCAUCUGGGGUCUGUCAUGCCUGAAAAUAUAUAACGUUCAAGUAAUUUAAGGUGUGUUAAACAUGCUAGUGUUUUAGAUUUCAUAUUAGUUUGACUCUGGAAAGUUUGAAGCAGGUCAGGAAAUGUAUGUUUGUGUGUGUGUAUAUAUCUAUAUGCGUUCCAAAGAGUUGGUUACUUUUUCUGUUUAUUC